CCUUUAAAACGGGGCUGAACGAGUGAGGACUAGUCGAGAAACUUCGAAACAAAGUCCAGAGAGAAGAGAGAACUGAAAAGGCGAGAGAGGGAGAGGCGACUCAGUGAGUGAGCUAUGGAGAGUGGAGCUGAAUCGGUGCCGACUCGGAUAAUGGUGGGAGUGAACCAGUCGACGAUCAAGGGCUAUCCUCAUGCUUCCAUAAGCAGCAAAGGCGCUUUCGAGUGGACUCUGAAGAAGAUCGUUCGUUCCAACACCUCUGGUUUCAAGCUCCUCUUUCUCCAUGUUCACGUCCCUGACGAGGAUGGUUUUGAUGACAUGGAUAGUAUAUAUGCAUCGCCUGAAGACUUUAAGAACAUGAACCGCGGGGAUAAGAUACGAGGGCUUCAUCUGCUGGAGUACUUUGUCAAUAGAUGUCAUGAAAUUGGGGUUUCUUGUGAAGCAUGGAUCAAGAUUGGUGAUCCUAAUGAAGAAAUCUGCCGUGAGGUCAAACGAGUCCAACCAGAUUUUCUGGUUGUUGGAAGCCGGGGUCUUGGUCCUUUCCAGAAGGUUUUUGUUGGAACCGUGAGUGAAUUUUGCAUAAAGCAUGCUGAGUGCCCUGUCAUCUCGAUCAAGCGCAGUGCAGAUGAGACUCCUCAGGAUCCUGUUGAUGACUGAUUAGACUUGCAACAAUGGUUUUAAACUCCUGCUUGAUGAAGUACUUGUAAAAGCUUUAAUUUUUUUUUUUUUUUUUUUUUCUUGUUUUUAUCGCUCUUUACUUGGAAUGUACAAGAAGAUUAAAAAUUUGGUGAUACCAUAUCAUUUCGAGCUAGAAAGUGCAAGGAAAUAAAAGAAAAUUGGUGUCCA